AUGAAAAAUAAAGCUGUAAAACCGAAUAUUUUUGUUAUGGAUUUGGUAUUGUUACAAAUUAUUUUCCCUACGAUCAGUGGAAUAACUGGUUGGCCAUUUAUGUCUGGUACAACAGUUAGAACACUUAGCAAUCUUGUUGCCCUAGUCAAAAUGGAUCAAAGUCCUGCACCUGGUAUGCCUCACAAGAUUGUGGGAACAGUAGAGCAACGAGUUAGCGGUGUAUUUGUGGGAAUCCUUGUUGCGCUUUCAAUAUUCCUUGGAUCUAUAUUAAGCAACAUUCCAUUGGCUGCACUCUAUGGAAUUAGCCAACUAUGUUGUCUUAUCUUUCCGAUCAUUAUUCUCAUCUAUGGCCUUAUUCGUGAAUUUGCAUUGCCUAAAUGGGAAUGGUUGGCGUUAUAUUUACAUCAACUUGAUCGUAAGUACAAACUACAUCCAAGUGUUAUGCGUAAACCACCAUCAACUGUACGUAAUUUAUCAACAAUACGUAAAGAAAGUGUUGGUAGUUUUGCAUCGGGUGGUUUAACUGUUACAUCACAAUUAAAAACUAAUAAUUUUAUUGAAUAUAUUCAUGAUCAUGAAACAGCUUCAUAUAGUGAUAUCAGUGAACAUGAAGAUGGUGUAGUUCGUCGAACUUGGGCAACAUAA